UGUAAGAGCUGUUCAGCAGUGGAACUCUCUGCCUUAGAGUGUGGCAGAAGCUCCUUCCUUGGAGGCUUUUAAACAGUCUGGGUGGCGAUCUCUCAGUGUGCUUUAAUUGUGCUUUUCCUGCAUGACACGGGGUUGGACUAGAUGGUCAUGUGUUCUCUUCCAGCUUUUUGAUUCUAUGGUUCCAUAGGAAGGCGCCUUGGCUCUAAUUCAGAAGUGUGGGUGCUCUCCCAGGGUGCAUCUCCUCCGUAGAAUGAAUGCAGUUUGACACCACUUGAACAGCCAUGGCUCAAUGCGAUGGAGUCCUGAGAAUUGUAGUUUGGUGAGGCACCAACACGUUUUGGCAGAGAAGGCUAAAAAUCUUGUAAGCCUACAACUGGAUUCCACAGCAUUAGAGCCAUAGCCGUCAAGGUAAAGGUUUCCUCUUGACAUCCAGCCUAGUCGAGUCCGACUCUGGGGGGUGGUGCUCAUCUCCAUUUGUAAGCCGAAGAGCCGGCGUUGUCCGUAGACACUUCCAAGGUCAUGUGGCCAGCAUGACUGCAUGGUGGAGCGCCGUUACCUUUUCGCCGGAGCAGUUCCUAUUCAUAUUUGCGUGUUUUUGAACUGCUAGGCUGGCAGAAGUUGGGGCUAACAGCAGGAGCUCACCCCAUCCCACGGAUUUGAACCGCUGACCUUCCGGCCAGCAAGUUUAGCAGCCUUGCGGUUUAACCCGCUGCGCCCCAUAGCAGUAAAAAUGGUGUCAAAUUGUAUUAAUUCUGCAGUGUAGAUGCACUUCCAAUGGUUCUUGAGUGCUUCUUACAAAAGAGCCAUAUAACCCAGAAUAUAAAGGCAGAUAAUCCACAAUAUCUGCUUUGAACGGGAUUAUCUGAGUCCAUACUGCCAUAUAAUCCUGAUCAAUGUCGAUUUUAUACAGCUGUGUGGAAGAGGCUUAAGACUGGGAUGUACCUACACUGCAGAAUGAAUGGCUGGGAGUUACAGUUUCGCCAGGUCUCACCAAACUCCAGGGCAAUCAAAGUGGUGUCAAAGAAACGGCAUGAACGCGACAGUGUCGAGCAGGCUGCAUUUCCGCUUUAAAGGGGCUCGUGUCUCUUUAACAGGCCAAGCCUCCCUGGCGGCGCGUGAGCACAAAGCAGGCGCAGCCAAUGAGGCGGUCGCCUCUUCUUCCUCGGCCAGUGUCUCGUGAAGCUCGGCGCCUGGUUCCGAGAAAGGCCCGGGCCUCGUGCAGCCUCCCCCUCCUCCUCUGCUCACCCCUCCCCUUCGGUAUCACGAUGGCUGCUUUUCCUCCUCUUCUUCCUCCUGCAUCCCGGCUCCUUUUGUUGCUGGCGGUGGCUGCAAGCUGGAUGGCGACGGAGCCCGCCGUUUUCGCUGCUGCUGCUGCUGCUGCAGGGGAUCCCGCUCCGCCGGGCAAAAUAGCUGUGGUAGGAGCUGGGAUUGGUGGCUCAUCCAUGGCCCAUUUCCUGCAGCAACACUUUGGGCCACAGGUUCAGCUUGAUGUGUAUGAAAAGGACACUGUGGGGGGCCGCCUGUCCACCGUCACUGUCAAUAAGCAGCAGUACGAAAAUGGCGGGGCCUCCAUCCACUCCCUCAGCUUGCACAUGCAAGACUUCGUGAAACUGCUGGGACUCAAGCACCGCCGAGAAGUGGCAGGAAAAAGUGCUAUCUUUAAUGGAGAGCAGUUUGUGCUGGAGGAAACAGACUGGUACCUGCUGAACCUCUUUCGGCUCUGGUGGCAUUAUGGCAUGAGCUUUCUCCGCCUACAGAUGUGGGUAGAGGAGGUAAUGGAGAAGUUCAUGAGGAUCUACAAGUACCAGGCCCAUGGCUAUUCAUUCUCUCGCCUUGAGGUGCUCUUGCACUCUCUGGGUGGUGACACUUUUGUGAACAUGACUCAGCGCUCUGUGGCUGAGUCACUCUUGGAGGUGGGCAUCACCCAGCGUUUCAUUGAUGAUGUCAUUGUGGCCAUUCUCCGUGCUGGCUACGGCCAAUCAGUACUGGUGCCGGCUUUUGCAGGAGCCAUGUCAAUAGCAGGAGCCCAGGGCAACAUGUGGGCUGUGGAAGGUGGAAAUAAGAUGGUGUGCUCAGGCUUGCUCAAGCUCACCAAAGCCAAUAUAAUCCAAGCCACUGUGACAGCCAUCUCUCUGCACAAUUCAGAAGGAAAAACCUUUUACCAGGUGCACUAUGAAGAUGAGGAAGGCCAAGGUUCUAGCUUCUAUGAUAUUGUAGUCAUUGCCACCCAACUGCAUGACAGCAAGAACAACAUCACUUUCCAGAACUUUGAUCCUCCCAUUGCGGAGUUCCCUGGAGUCUUCCACACCACUGUCACCUCCAUUGUCCACGGUUACCUCAACUCCUCCUAUUUUGGCUUCCCAGACCCAAAGCUCUUUCCUUUCGCGAGUGUCCUCACUACAGACACCCCUGCCCUCUUCUUCAAUUCCAUGGAUAAUAUUUGCCCUGUCAAUAUAUCAGGUGUCUUCAGACGAAAGCAGCCCCAGGAGGCUGCCGUGUGGCGCGUCCACUCUCAGCGCCCUCUGGAGAAGCCGGAGCUGAAGAUUCUGUUCCGUUCCUACUAUUCUGUCCAAGUGACCGAAUGGCAGGCCUAUCCUGACUAUGAAUCUGCCAAGACCCUCCCACCGAUCAUUCUCCACAACAACCUCUACUACCUCAAUAGUGUGGAAUGGGCAGCCGGCUCAAUGGAAAUGGCUGCUGUAGCUGCCAAAAAUGUGGCCCUCUUAGCCUACAACUAUUGGUAUCAUGAUUUGGAGAAGAUAGACCAAAAGGACCUGAUGCACAAAGUAAAAACUGAGCUGUGAAUUUAACCAAUACUGAUAAAGCAGAUUUUCUGAGAGCCCCUCCAUUAUUGCAUGUAGGCUAAGGAGAGUACAGAAGGAUUACACUGGAGUUUCUGCAGGGAGGGAAGACUAACUUAGCCCAUGUACAAUAUCUGCUGUCUGAGGUCAAAGAGUCCUGUACUCGGAUGCUAUUCUGUCUCAGAGUGACUGUGAACAUGUAUGUAAGUACACUGUUUAUGAGGAUUAGCAGACCACCUUGGAAGAGGGCAACAGUCUCCUGUUUUAAAAUGGAGCAUCCAUUCUUCUUGGUCUGAGGGCUCCUUACUCACGGAACUGUGCAGAGACAAUGGAAGUUGCUUGGCAAAUACAGAUUGUGAUGGAAACGACCCCUAAAGAGACCUCCCCUUGCCUCUGUGGCAUAUGCAGCCUUGGAUCCCAAUUCAUUUGUGCUGGAUUCCCUUCUUGUGCUCAAAUGUCGGUUUGAAAGGCAAUGGCACUUCCAGGGUAGUGAUAUGCUCUUGUGAAAUUGUAUUUCUGCCAACCCAAGCAGUGCUAUUUUUUGCAUUGUUACUAGGCUCCAUUAACUCUUAUCUGAUUCGGGAACCAGAGAACCCUGUGCUGGAUCUUCAAAUACUGGCUAAAGCAGGGCUCUUCAAACUUUUUAAAAAGAGGGCCAGGUCACAGUCCCUCAAACUGUUAGAGGGCCAGAUUAUAAUUAGAAAAAAAACAUGAAUGAAUUCCUAUGCACACUGUGCAUAUCUUAUUUGUAGUGCAAAAACACUUUAAAUCAAUAAAUAAUUAAAAUGAAGAGCAGUUUUAACAAAUAUAAACCUAUUAGUAUUUUAAUGGGAAGUGUGGGCCUGCUUUUGGCUGAUGAGAUAGGACUGUUGUUGUUGUUGUAUAUUUUCAAGUCAUUUCAGACUUAGGUUGACCCGGAGUGAGAGCCGGGUAAAUGACCUUGGAGGGCCGUAUCCAGCCCCUGGCCUUAGUUUGAGGACCCCUGGGCUAAAGCUUAGGUUUGACAUCCUGCUGAUCCCUACUGCCAGGGUACUGCAGAAUCAAUGCCCUGAUAACCCUGAAACUCCCGCUAAUAGCUAAUCUUAUGGAGCCUUUCCUAUGUAUUGGGGAGGGGGGCUUUCUCCAGGUCAACCAAGUAGAUUGAGCAUACUCCCCUCCUAAGCCAAAAACAUUUCCUUCACUUUCAAAGCAAAGUCAAGCUGUUAUAUAGACAUUUGGAAACUUUCCUGCAUCUGACCUUGUUUGUCAUCCCAGAGAUGCUUAAAGUAGUAUAGCAAAGAACUCCUCUCAAGCAAGGCCAGCCACAUUACUCUGGCAUUUAAGUAGAAAGCCCCCAAGUCUAUCUUUUUAUGCCUUACAGACAGUAAAAAAAAAAAAACCGAUAUAAGAAUCAAUAAAGAACAGUUUUCUGACUUUUCAUGGCCCCACAAAUCUGCUGCCUGAAGCAUGCUUCUCGUUGCUUAAUAGGUGGGUUGACAAGUUUUAUGAAGCUGAUUCUGUAAGUCUAAGAGUGUUGACUCAGCAUCCCAAACACUUCUUUUCCUGCUGCUUCCAUUUAAGAUGUGAUUACCUGUAAUUACUUUUUAGGUUAAAGAAACAGUAUGAUUCAGUUGAUUCAUUGAAUCAAUUGAAUAUUUCAGUCGUCAGAAAAAUAACUGAACUCAGCAGCGUUGUCUAAAACAGGGCAUACAUACUGGAUUUUUUGAAAAAGAAAAGUUGAUCAUGGGCUAAAGAAUGGCAUAAGUGCAAAACUGUCAAGAAUAACACUUUAUUGCCAAAUACUAAAACUGCCUCUAAAUCACAAUGAAUGGCAGGUGGACCUUAUUUCCAAAAGGAGCAGGGCAAAUAAGAGCUGCCCAUCCUUCAAUAAAGAAACCUAAGCUGAUUGUUGAAUGCCUGUCUCCCAAGUAUGAAUGAACAAAAGAAAGGUGAAAGUCAACCUGUCAACUCAUCCUCUCUUCUGUUCAAAACUAACCCUCUAGAUCAGGGGUCCACAGACGUGUGCCUCUAUAGUUAUUUUAGAUUGCAAAUUCUAGCAUAACCUAGCAUAAUCAAUGAUAAUGAAUGCUUGAAACUGCAGUCCAACACUUGGAAGGUUAAAGGAUUCCUGUCUUUGCCCAGGAACAUUGUUACUUUUAUUUAUGUAUUUGUUGACUUACUACUGUUGUUUUGAUCCAUAGAUACCUUGGCAUUGUCUUCCAUAAGCAGAGCAACCUCUAUUCCAUUCUUCAUGGUUUCUUUUUGCUCCUAAGUAAUUGAAUUUACAUUGUCUCCAUUGACUGAUGGAAAUCUUGACCUGUCAGGCCCUUGGCAUAAAAUGUACGGUCUGCUGCAAA